CAUUGACGAUUCAACCGGCGCGGUCAGUCGGUAGUCAGUAAACUCUAACAAUAAGUCUUAUUCAUACAUUGCGAUAGCGAAAAUAAUUCGAGAUUGUUCACAUAAUUCUAGUAUUGCAGAAACAAAAGUGUAUUUCGACUUGUGUAAAGUGAAAAGUGAAAGUUGUUAAAAUCAAAAGUGAAGUUGUGUUUGAUAAGAUUGCUGAGAUCAAGAUGACAAUCCAAAGUAUGACUGUUACAGAAGCCAGAAAUUCUACUCGAAGCUGUUGUGAGAGACCCAAGAAGGUAAAGACGAAACUGGUGAUCGGUGGGUUGGUGUGUCUAGUGCUGCUCUCGGCGCUCGGUGGCUUCCUCAUCGGCCGCGCGGACUACAGAAACUCGAGGUUCUACGAGCCACCGGAUCCGGUAGACCCUCUGCCACCCUCGCCGUCAUGGCUACACGUGUUCAAAAGAGCCGCCGUCUGCACAGACGCCCCUCCUUGCUCAGACAUUGGCAGGCAUAUACUCUCUAUAAACGGCUCAGCGGUGGACGCAACUCUUGCAGCCAUGUUCUGCAACGGUCUCCUGAACCAGCAAAGCAUGGGUCUUGGUGGAGGGUUCUUCAUGACAGUCUACAUCAAGGAGGAGGAGAAGGCGUAUACCGUGAUAGCGAGAGAGACUGCACCAAGCGCUGCUACUCAGGACAUGUUCCAUGGAAACUUUGAUAAAUCUCAUCAUGGUCCAUUAUCUGUAGGUGUACCGGGUGAGCUUCGUGGUAUGUGGGCAGCACACCAGCGCUGGGGCAAACUCCCGUGGCCAACACUCAUCAAACCUACCCUGGAGUUCUGUAAAUACGGCUACACGAUAUCGAAGGCAAUGUACGACGGUUUGAGUAGCGCGCCGUACAUCAAAAACGAUCUACAUUUAAGUAAGACAUAUGUUAACGAAGAUGGAGUAUUCCGCAAGGCUGGUACCAUAGUGAAGCCCAGCGAAGAUCUCUGCAGGACUCUGGAACGUAUCGCACUGAAUGGAGGCGAUGACCUCUACAACGGAAGCGUUGCUCGCGACUUGGUGAAAGACCUGAAAGAAGUUGGCAGCAUCAUCACUGCGCAGGAUCUCCGAAACUAUCAACCAAAAAUAACAGAGCCGCUCGUGGUUCCGCUGAGGGAUGGUGACACCCUGUUUACUCCACCACCUCCAAGCAGCGGGCUGAUCCUGGCGAAUAUCCUCAACAUCCUCAACGGUUAUAACUACACCGCAGAUAACAUUAAGGGGAUUAACAACACGGUGCUCACAUACCACCAGAUUAUUGAAGCAUUUAAGUAUGCUUACUCGACCAGAACCAGACUGGGUGAUGCGGACUUCUUAGACUUAGAAGAGUUGAUAAGGAACGUAACGGAUCCAGAGUACGGUACAGAGACACGGCUAAAGAUUAACGACAAAAGUACGAACAACAGUGCCGAGUAUUACGGCGCUACUCUGUACAACCCACCGGACUCCGGCACCGCACAUAUCUCUGUAAUUGGAUACAAUGGAGACGCAGUUUCUAUGACCAGCUCAAUUAAUUACUAUUUCGGCGCUGGAUUCUCAACCAGCAGAACCGGUAUUGUGAUGAACAAUGUCAUGGACGACUUCUCGUCUCCUGGCAUCACAAACUACUUCGGGAUAAAGCCUUCUCCCGCUAACUUCAUCGCACCGCACAAGAGACCUCUCUCGUCCAUGUCUCCGAGCAUCAUAGUGGACAGGAACGGAAACGCAAAACUGGUCAUUGGUGCUUCUGGCGGUACUAAAAUCACAACAGCUGUUGCUUUGGUUACAAUGCGCAAGUUGUGGUUUGGUGAGACAAUCAAAGAGGCGGUGGACGCCCCCAGGUUCCAUCAUCAGGUGUUUCCAAUGAAUGUGAAGUAUGAGUACGGAAUAACCGAGGACAUCGUAAAUGGACUGCGAGCUAAGGGUCACAGCAUGGAGCGCUAUCGUGACCGAGGAACUAUUAUUUGUGCGCUAUUUAGAAAUAAAACGGCAAUUUACGGAAAUGCCGACUUUAGAAAAGGCGGUGAUGUAUCAGGAAUGGACUAAGGUCUACCUGACACCUGUCAAAGUCUGGAUUUCCAAACCUGAACCAUAAUGAUUUAUUGUUAGGUACAACUUUUCCUACUAUUGUUGUAAAACAAAACGACAAAGGCUUUGAUAACAUUGAGAUAAUAUUGUAAUAGCGUGUUUUAAUGUUAGCUUAGGCCAUACUACUGCCAAGUGCAAACUUUUAAGCAAAGCGAAAGUAGUAACUAAACAUGUGCGUAGGUAUAAUUUGUUUGCUAAACUUAGUUCCAAUAGCAAACGGUAGGGGCGCUAUUAAGUUAACCUUGUCGUAGUUACUGUUUGAAAUCUUUGUGGUAACUAGUUAUUGUGAACUUCAAAACAACAAAUAUCCUAGAUAAGCUCAGUAUGAAGACUACACAAGGUAAUAUGUUGUGGUGUAUGUUCAUCUUAUAUGUGUAUGUACUAUGUACCAUAAUAAAAGGCUGGUCCGUUAAUGAUAAUACAUACUGUACCUAUUCCUUUAUAUUUAUCAUAUUUGUUAGCACAGUUAUAACCUAAGUUAAUUUAAUAUGUAUUAGUAUUAAGAAUAACGUCAUCGUAAAACGUAAAGCACCAGCCUUAUCAUGAAUGUUUUUUUUUAAAACAGGUCCUAAAUAUAUGAGACACGAAUUUCAUAGGUAUUUAGUAUUCUGGGUAAGGUAUCGGGGUGUUGUAUUUUCAUUUAACCGACCAUGUAUUGUACCUAAGUAUGUACUGUAAAAUAUGUUUUGGCUAAAACUAAAAAAUAGACUAAUUCUAUGCAAAUACCAAUGUGCUUCAGUAGUAGUCUACAAAUACUUAUAGCUACCUAUCUAAUUAUUUUUUUAUUGUUUUUUACACAAUCUUUCUUAUGUAUUUACUAAGGAUCCCGGAAAGCAUUGUUAUUAUUAAUAUAAUGUGUAUCGUUAAAUAAAUUAAUAACUUUCUCGUUAGAGAAUGGCAUAAACUUAAUUUAUUUUUGAGGUGCUCUACAACAAUCUGUUUUAAGCAUAGGAGAGAUAUUUAAUAAAAUAAUCAUAUUUUAUCCUGAGGAUAUUCCUCGAUAUUUUGCUAUAGUAUUGACAAUAUUAAUUUUAAGUUAAUUUACAAUUAGAGCUUUAUAUAUCUAUCUAAUAUUCUAAAGCAUUUAUUGAUGGAGGUAUACAAUUAGUAUAUAAAUUUAAAAUUAUGUAUAUACAUAAAAAUAGUAAACAAACCUAAUUAUUAGUUUUGUUCUGUUGAUGAUCUAAUGAUGUAAUUUAAUUACUUUACGUUUACCUAAUCAGAAUUUUCUAGCAGUUUUACCAGUUUGAACCGGUCCCAAUCGGCCUCUCUGUCUCAAAGUAGGUACUAUUAUUUCUCAUGAAGCGAUAAAAUACUUAAAAAUUUAUUAAAUUUUAUAAGAAAACUUAUUAGAAUCUCUUAUUACGAAAUUGGAAGCUAGUUUACACACUACCUACAACUGAAUUGGACAGACGACUCUCAUUCAUGUAGUAGAUAUUUUGUGUAUUGGAUUUCAAAAUUUUGUCGGUGGGUAUUACGUUGUUUACUCUGAGUAGAUAAGUAUUACCAUAAUGACAUAAAAUAGACAAUUAUACAUAGAUUAUUAACCUCAUUAAUUUAAAUACCUAUGGUUUUGAUUGUUUAUGAAGUCAAUAUUAUUUUACUUCAACUAUUUUGCGAUGUGUUUGAAAUAGCUUUUUGUCUGGAGUAUUGCAUACUUCUAUUUCCACUCUGUCACAUCAUUGCCACCAAAUGACUUGUACCUAUUCAUAUCGUUUAGGUACCUACCGCUGACGCACAUUGUAGUCUUUCAUAGAUAGUACGGUAAAGGAAUUUUUAAGCCGUAAUAGUAUGUAAUUCCUACUGUGUCGCAGGUAAUUUGGUAAACAUUAACAUAAUUUUAACGUCUUUAAUUUCGAACAACUUAUCUUUCGAUAUUUGAUUAUCAGAUGGGAUGUUAUAUGAAUAAUAAUUAAAUAACAAAUAUCUGUCCAAUAUGUAUUUCUAAAAAUGGACACACAUUUUCUAAAUACAUUAAAUAAUUUUAAAUUAACUUUAACAUUAAUUUUAACAUUAAAUACAUUAAAUAAAUUUAAAUAAUUUAUAGGUACGUUUAGAUAGAUCCUCUUGCAACGCGUAAUAGUAGGUCGAGUUUACUACUUUAGUGUGUGUGACAGCUACAUCUUACAAUCGUGAUAAGUCAGUCACCCUGUUUUAGUGUGCGUGCGUUGCUGAAAAUAGAGGCUAAAAGUAAGCCGCUACUUUUUUCGACGUGUCACAGAUGUCAUAGUCUGACGUAUAAAUUAUCUAUGUAUAUAUCUUAAUAUUUCAAAACACUUCGUUCACCUUAUAUCCACGGUAAUCUUAGAGUAUACCCAAAAACCGCAUUCACAAACGAUCAACUGUACCACGAUGUUAAAUAUAUAUUUUUCAUGCUAAUUUUCAUCUUAUUUUAUUGCGUACGCGAUAUGACUAACCGUUCGCGAUCUGCUCAAUAGUUACCUUUACAUACAUAUUAUGUUACCUGCUUAAUUGGGAUUUCAAGGGUCCAAGACAUAUUAUGUACCAGUUAUUGAGGGUUUCCAAUAAUCCAGUUUUCCAACUAAGCAGGUUUAAAAUUAUAGUUUUCUCAUGUACAGAGGCCCCCGCUUUAUAUUUAUUUUCUUCUGGAAUUCUUCGUAAGUUACUGUGCGUCGUGGUUUUGUUUAUUUGCAUUUCCUUUUAUACAUUAGAUUUAUUACCUACAAUCAUAGAAAAUAAAUUCAUUGUAAUCAAUUCCAGUAUUCGACGGUUUUCGUCCAUUUACAUAUAUAUACAUAAUAAUUGUGAGCGUUGACUAUUUAUUACUAUAGUCAUAUUAUUGUCUCAUAGUUAAGUAUUCUGUGUUGUUCGUAUGUUAAGACUCCAAUGUGGAAUGUGUCAACUGUCAAUGUUUGGUCGCCAAGAUUGUCAAACUCUUGUAACAGUCAAAUCCAGUAUUAAACUUAUACUGUUAAUAGGUAGUAAUGAUAUUCGGUAUUUAAUACCAAAACUAAAUACAAUAAAGUUUACAUGUUUAAUAA